UGCUUGAUUGUUCAAAGCUUUGGUAAGUGUUCUGCGGUGCGCAGCUGGUGCCGAGAAAUUACCUGGCACGUACUACCUUAACAUAAUGACAGACUGGCAAAUUACCAAGAAGACCUUAAAUGAGCGGUGCCUGUUCCUGUUUGAAUCCGGGCAAUGGCAUGACUGUGAAUUUAUUGUUGGGAUGGAAUCAAAUCAGCAGGUGUUUCAGGCACACCGCCUGGUGCUGACGAUGGCCAGUCCUGUGUUCGAGGCAAUGCUGUUUGGCGGCAUGGCUGAGAAGGCGCCCAUCAAGGUGCUGGACGUCAGCCCAGAUGCCUUCCGCAGUCUGAUGCUAUAUAUCUACUCGGACCAGAUCAACCUCCAGUCGUUUGACCAGGCCUGCGAGAUCUGCUAUGCCGCCAAGAAGUACAUGCUGCCACACCUGGUGGAACACUGCACCAAGUUCCUGUGGAAGGACCUCGCACCCCACAACGUGUGUCGCGCGUACGAGUUCGCCAAGCUGUUCGAGGAGCCGGUGCUCAUGGAGAAAUGUUUGAAAAUCAUUACGCAGCAGACGGCGAAAGUGAUCGGCACAUCGGCCAUCGAGGACGUGGAGCACGCGUCGCUGAUCGCCAUCCUGGAGCAGAACUACCUGAACGUCGGCUCCGAGCUGGACAUCUUCAACAUGCUGGUGCGCUGGUCGCGGAAGGAGUGCCAGCGCCGGCCGCUCGAUAUCAACCCCGACAACCAGCGCAUGGUGCUCGGCGACGCCCUCUACCGGGUGCGCUACCUCACCAUGAACGGCCAGACGUUCGCCAACGGGCCGGCCGUGUCGGGCCUGCUCACCCAGGAGGAGAGCCUCGCCAUCGUCAUGAACAUCCUCACGCCGGGCAAGUGGCCGCUGCCCGACUACCUGGACAGCUCCUGCACGCCGCGCAACUCGUACCAGGCGGCGCCGGCCGGCGCGGCGGCCGACAGCGCCGAGGCGAGUGGGGCACAGGUGUGCGCGCGCCCCAUCCUGGUGGAGCCGCACCAGCUGAUCCGCUGCCAGGAGGAGGCGCUGCUCACCGUGUCCGUCGACCGCACCGUGCGCACGCUGGGCAUCAUGGUGCCCUCGCAGGUGACGGACAUCCCCACCGACUGGCUUCCGUCUCAGUCGCGGCGCAACACGCCCGGCGCCAACCUCAACUACGGCCAGAACGGCUACACGGAGCUGCUGUACGCCUACGUGGCGGACGCCGACGGCUCGCGGCUCACAUACACGCACUUCACGUCGCGCGUCAACUACAACGACGUCGUGGAGAUCCUCUUCAAUCGGCCGGUGCUGAUGCACGCCAACCGCGUGUACAGGAUCGGACUCGUGCUCAACAAGCUCGGCUGGUACCCCAUGGGCGUCAGCACGACGCAGGUGCAGGCGGACGGCGUCACCUUCAGCUUCGGCAUCGGCAAGCCGGGCGACAACGUCAAGAACGGCCUCAUCCGCAAGAUCGUGUUCACCACCGACUGCUUGCCGCCGCCGUGAGCCGGCCGCCGCGACGCGACGCGGCGCGGUACCGAUCGUUUUUGUGCCAUUGUGUGGGAUGGUUGUGAGGCCUGUGGUGUAAGGACCGAGCUUAUGGUGGGUGAAGUGCUAGGAGACAAACUGGAGGCUGGUCAGCUGCGUUUUACGGCGGCGCCCGGCGUGCGCGAAAACCCGCGAAUGUGCUCAUCUGUGUUUGCUGUGUCUCCCGUAUUCAGUGUUCGUUAUCUGUCGGCUCUCUUCAUAUCAUGGGCAGCUUUGCAUAUGGUGGAACGGGGUGUGCUGCUGGGAGGUGGCUCGGCUGUCCGGUGGUUAGGCGAGCAACAAUAACUAGUAUAUGAGGUCCCAUUUCGUAACAUGACUAAGACACUUGAGCUGGAGGCUGUCGCUGACGGUCCCGAUCCGGUGGUGUCGCUGGCCUCGAAAUCGCGACCUGCUGGAAGGCGACUGGUUUUUGUGCGAUAUAAGCGUUUGACAGGAAACAGGGGAAUGUAACGUGCAAUGUUAAAUCUUCACAGAAGUGCUCUCCUUGCUUGAGGUAAUGGCGGGGAUCGUGUGGGCUGUGCAUGUGAGCCUGCCGAACCGCGCGCCGAGAUGUUUCAAGCGUGUCCAAGUAGCCAUCCACAAAUCGAGAGCACUGGUAAAACCGAGUGCAUCUCGUAGAGAAUGUCACCAAAAUAUACAAGGAAAGCUACGGA